CUGAUCUAACAGCAUUGCAAAUACCGUUUACACAUCCCAUAUAAGACACACGUCUCUACACUCGUCACAGAGCAGACAUUGCUGGUUGCCAAGUGUUUGCUCCCGGUUGUUGAAUUAGACAGAAUGAUGUUGGGACUCGUCUUUCUUGUAUCAUGUGCGGUGGCUGGAAUUUCAGCUGACUGUUCUGAUGGAUAUACAGAGAUUGAAACCAAAAUAUGCACCAGAGAAGGCCUGGACAAUGCCACUGGAAGCUCUCCACAAGCGUCUACAAACUAUGCGUCCUGUCCUGCAGGGUUUCUGUUGUCCCUAAAUCCCAGAAUGUGCUUCAUCAUAAGUCCUCCAACGGACCGAAAGGACUUUGCCGCCGCCACUCAAAGGUGCGAACGGAUGCGCAACGGUCGCCUCGUCGUCCUCAAUGCUGAAGACAAGUAUGGCUACAUUGCUGGAAUUAUUUCUGUAAUUGGACCCACUGGAAAAGCAUUUGGGUCAGUCGACGACGGUUUGUGGGUAGGUCUUAAGCGAGCCUCCCUGACACUGUUCAGGUGGAGCACGGGAUCACCAUAUGUCUCCAACUGGGGGGUCGGGGAGCCGGAAAAGGUAAUUGGAGAAGACUGUGGCCAGGUGUACCCCGGGGGAGUCAGAAACCGAUUGUGCAACCUCCCACGCCGAUACAUCUGUGAGCUUGCCAUAUAACAGCCGCCACUUGUUCUGAUGUCAAUGACAGGCAACCUGUCUGUAAUUAAAGCAUACGUUGAUUACGUUGACUGAUAAUAAAGUCACAUGUGAUAACAGCU